AUGACCAACGAUUUAUUCCACUACUUCUCGUACCUGCCUCUAGAGCUACGCCGUAUGAUCUGGAUGCACUGCCUACCGCAUCGUAUAGCAGAAGAAGAUAGCCCUGACUACUGGUUCGACGGCUACGAAUCCAAACAAGUCUGCUGGGCCAGACGUCUGGAAUUCCAAAACUCUCAGCCGCCGGUUAUCGCAUUCGUCAAUAGCGAGUCUCGGCAAGUCGCCCUGGAACAGGGACACCUAUUGGAACUGCCAUACGAGAUUACCCUGCGAGAAUCAAAAAAGAUAUGGGUGCAACCGCGUCGGGAUGUACUACAUUACAACUGGACACGAAUGUGGUACGCUAUCCAGGGAGUUGAUUCCGACGGUCCAGGCUCGGUUGACGAGUUUCUAUUGCAUGCGAAGGAUCUUGGGAUGCGGCCUUCUGUUACGGCAGAGCUUAUUUACACUUUUAGCUUGAAGCAAGUGUUGGAGUGCGAUGGCGACGUUGAUGAGCUUUGCCGCGAAAACCCACUUCAUUUCGGGAUGUGGGCUAUCCCGAAGAUUCUUUAUCACGGCAGAGGAGAAGCGGCCGAUGACGUGCGCGAGAUGGUCGAUCUCCUACCUUGGGCGAAAGAUCAACGCAGCAGGCUAGACAUAACUAUGGCGGGGGUUUCUCUGCAUAUCACCAGUGAAGUUGCUCUGAAGUCUGGCCUAUUCGGGUUGCUGGGCGAUGCGCCUGUUCAAAUGGUCGAUGUCGACGACGAGGCUCGGGUGAGGGAAUUCCAAGCAUUAUACCGGGAACACGCAUUCGAAAAGGAACCGGUCGUGCAAACGCUCUUCGAAACAUUCACAAGUCGUGGAAACAUGGAAAAAAAAGCCGAAUGGACUAUCCUCGCGUACAUGUGGCAGUCGGCACGAGAGAGAAAGCUCGAUAUUCUUGGGACAAACCCGGGCUCCGCUUGGCUACCUAACCUGUCGGAGCAAAAGGACAUCUAUAUGGACGAGCAUCUGCCCAAUGAGCAGCACCCGUGGGUGAAGCAUGCUAGGCAGCUUGCGCCCCAGCUACGACUGCGGAUCAAGGUGCAUUAUUGUACCAAUCAGUGUUACAUAAAGGAGCGACUUCCCAAGGGCGCUGCAUUUGAAGGAAGAUAG